AAGACUCGUGAGCGGCAAGAUGGCCGCGUCGAGUUUGAGUCUAUGUACGUCGGUCCGUAUUUUCCAAUAGAAUUAGUAGCGUCUAACGCGUAACACGUUACGGAACAUUUCUUCGCAACGUUUCCGACGCAUAUAAAAUUUCAUUCUAACGUAAAAGUUCGUGUUGUCGUUUUAAUGACGAAUUAAUCGAUUCAACGGGAAAACAAACAAUUUCUAACGGCGAAGACCGGGAUACGUAAAGGAAAACGAUGGAAAUCGAGAAAAACUCGUUCGAAUGUUAAGCCGGUCUACGGAAUUUUCUUCUCGGUAUUUUGGAGAGACGAGAAGUAAGCAUAUCGAGGAGUAACGCAAAAGGAUAGAUUAAAGGAGGUUAAUUUAGCGAAUGCCAUUAAUCCGCAUCAGCGAGAAAUAAGAGAGAGUACCUGAAGUUAAUCGAUCGGAAGUAAGCAUAAACUGGGUCGCCACCAUGAUCGUGGAGGACAAACCAGAGAUGGAAAGCUUCUGGAUCACCAGUGCGAUCAACGCGAUCAAAGCUUUAUCGUACUUGUACGACCUGCUGACCUUCCCAGUCUAUCUUAUCCUUCAACGGCCAUGGGAAAAAAGGAAGGCCUCAAGAAGGAUCAAAGCACGUCCUAUCAGCAAGAGCGAAAAUUCGAUCACUUAUAGAAGCGUUGAUUCACCUGGUCCAAUGCAUAUCAAGCUCGAACGAGAAAAAAUUUGUACGCUCGAAAAGGUCUUGCUUUGGGUCACUAAAAUACAUGGUGAAAAAAAGUGUCUUGGUACUAGACAAAUCCUUGCUGAGGAGGAUGAGGUUCAACCUAAUGGAAGGAUCUUUAAAAAGUAUAAAAUGGGAGAAUACAGAUGGAAAUCCUUCGUGGAUGUUGAAAGAUUGGCGGCUUCCUUUAGUCGAGGAUUGGUCGAGAAUGGUCUCACUCUACGUAAGAACAUAGUAAUUUUUGCUGAGACCAGGGCGGAAUGGAUGAUCGCAGCCCACGCUUGUUUCAAACAAAAUCUAACAGUGGUAACAAUCUACGCGACACUUGGAGACGAUGCUAUAGCCCAUGGUAUUAAUGAGACCGAAGUUGACACAGUUAUUACUAGCCAUGAUUUGUUACCGAAAUUUAAACGACUUUUACAUGUGUUACCUGAAGUUAAGAAUAUUAUUUAUAUGGAGGAUCAACUUAAGCAAACUGUAACAAAUGGUUACAAGGAAGGAGUACGACUGAUGCCAUUCUCAGAUAUUAUUGCAGCAGGCAACACGUCUAAAGCAGUGGUAGUUUCACCAAAAGCCGAUGACACUGCUAUUAUUAUGUAUACAUCAGGUUCAACGGGUGUACCAAAAGGUGUCUUACUUAGUCACAGAAACAUUAUGGCAACCUUAAAAGCGUUCUGCAAUGCUGUUGAAAUUAAAUCAGAUGAUAUUUUUCUUGGAUUCCUACCACUUGCUCAUGUUUUCGAACUUCUUGCUGAAAGUGUAUGCUUACUUACUGGUGUACCUAUUGGUUAUAGUUCACCUCUUACAAUGAUUGAUUCAAGUAGCAAGAUUCAACGAGGCUCCAAGGGUGAUGCUUCCGUUCUUCAUCCUACUUGUAUGACUGCAGUACCGCUUAUCCUAGAUAGGGUAUCUAAAGGUAUAAAUGAGAAAGUGAAAAAAUUAGGACCUUUCAAAUCAGCCAUCUUUAAUACUGCUUAUCACUAUAAAUUAAAAUGGUACAAUCGUGGAUAUGAUACUCCUCUGCUCGACAAAUACAUCUUUGGUACAGUCAAGCAAAUUCUUGGUGGUCAGUUGAGACUUAUUCUCUCUGGUGGUGCACCUUUAAGUCCUGAAACUCACAUUCAAGUAAAAUUGUGUCUCUGUGUCACCGUUACUCAAGGAUAUGGUCUUACAGAAACUUGUUCUUGUGCUACUGUCAUGGAUACAUAUGAUAGAAGUAUUGGAAGAGUUGGACCUCCAACAACAACUUGUGAUAUUCGUCUUGAGAAUUGGGAAGAAGCUGGUUACCGAGUAACAGAUUUACCGAAUCCAAGGGGUGAGAUCGUUAUUGGAGGUGAAAACGUCUCAGUUGGCUAUUAUAAGUUACCUGAGAAAACAAAAGAGGAUUUCUUCCAGGAGGAUGGUAGACAAUGGUUCAGAACCGGUGAUAUCGGUGAAUUUCAUCCUGAUGGUUCUGUGGAGAUCAUAGAUCGAAAGAAAGAUUUGAUCAAAUUACAACUAGGUGAAUAUGUUUCAUUGGGUAAAGUCGAAACAGAAUUAAAGACAUGUCCAGUCGUAGAAAACAUUUGUGUUUAUGGAGAUGGAAGUAAGAAUUACACUGUAGCACUAGUAGUACCUAAUCAUCAUAUUCUCGAAGAAAUUGCUUCCAAUAUUGGCAUUGUCGGAAAGAGUUUUGAGGAACUUUGCGAAGAUCCAAUGGUGGAAAAAGCAGUACUUGAAGAGUUGAUCGAGCAUUCUAAGAAAUGUCAGUUACAAAAGUUUGAAAUACCUGGUGCAGUGAAACUUUGUCCUGAACAAUGGUCACCCGACAUGGGUCUUGUAACAGCUGCGUUUAAACUUAAGAGAAAGGCUGUACAGGAACGUUAUCAACAUGAAAUUAAUAGAAUGUAUGCUUCGUGAUGUCGAGCUAAAAUGUGCACGAAGUGUAAGGAGUAAUUUGUAUAAAAGAAAAGAAGGAAAGAAAAAAAAAAGGAACAAACAAACAAACAAAUAAAUAAACAAAAAAAAAUGUCUAAGGAAGGCCACCCUCGUCCGAUGGAAUAGUACCUCGAGAAACUUUAGACAUUGUUUUAUCUGAUAAUUAUAAAAUAAUUUUUAAAAACAGAUUAUUAUUAACGAAGAAACGAGUUGAGUCCUUGUAUAACGAAAGUUAUAAGCUUCGUAGUGUCUUUUGUUAUUGUCUUCCGAUAGUAAACAGGUUCGAUUUACGUUUUCAUCGUUUUAUAUACAUACAUACAUACAUAUAUAUAUAUAUAUAUAUAUAUAUAUAUAUAUAUAUGUAUGAGGAGAUUAAAAGAGUUGUAUCUCUCGAUGAAUAUUGUGAAAAUUCCAUGUUAAAGCGAUUCUAUUAAGAAUAUAUUUUUAUCUAAUAUGAAUGAUACAAAUAGUAAGAAGAUAGAGAAAGAGAGUGGAACAAAAAAAAGAGCCUAGUAAGUAAAUAAAAAUAAUAAUAAAGUGUCGAGAGAUAUACAGAGCGAGUGGGGUAGGAGGAACAAAAAAAAAAACAAAUGGUGCAAGACGACCAUCCUCUAUUGUUAACAUAAAUAAUAGGGAAAAAAAGGGACGUCGUUUAUAAGAUUAAAUUUUUAUUUAUGUUCUUCUUUUUCAACAAUGGUCACAUGAUAUUGUUUAGUACGCGUUUUUAAUAUUACGUCCGAGGGAAUUUAUCUAAACAGUAGUAAUGCGUGGAUCGACCGAGGAUGAACAUUCUGCAAACGAACUGAUUGCGUAAGUUCACGAAUCGUACUGUGUACUUACUUUAAGUAUUAUAAGUAAUCGCCGAGCUUAGGGAAUAUAUGGAAGAGGGCUACUUGGAAAAAAAAAGAACAAAAAAAAAUAUAUA